AUGCUGCGUUCAUCUCGGAAAAAGAUGUCAGCUGCUUCGUCAAUCUUUGACUUUGAGGUGCUUGACGCCGACCAUAAGCCAUAUAAUCUCGUGCAACACAAGGGCUCUCCGCUACUGAUAUACAAUGUGGCAAGUAAAUGCGGUUACACAAAGGGUGGUUAUGAAACGGCGACAGCACUCUACAACAAGUACAAGUCACAGGGCUUCACUGUUCUGGCGUUCCCGUGUAACCAAUUUGGUGGUCAGGAACCCGGAACCGAGGAGGAAAUUAAGGAGUUUGUAUGCACCAAGUUCAAGGCUGAGUUUCCAAUUAUGGCGAAAAUUAACGUAAAUGGUGAAAACGCACACCCAUUGUAUGAGUACAUGAAAAAAACUAAACCUGGUAUUCUUGCAACGAAGGCUAUCAAAUGGAACUUUACAUCCUUCCUCAUUGAUCGAGAUGGCGUACCCGUGGAGCGCUUCUCACCUGGUGCCUCUGUGAAGGAUAUUGAGGAGAAACUCAUUCCACUGCUCGGGAGUGCGCGACUUUGA